AGUCAUCACCAUCAUUUAGCAUGCAAUGGUUUCAUGUGACUUUCACUUAAAUUCUCCACUGACACCUCAAGAAUUAAGUGCUCCUCAACAACACAGAAUCUGUCACAAGAACGAGACACAGUCGAUUUAACUGACAUUGAUUAGUCCUUCACAUUGUUAACAAGGUCACAUAACUGGCAGAGUAACAAUUGCAACGUUUGGUGGAGAUCAUGGGAGUUGUAACUCUUGGUGAAUUGAAGCCUAGCAUUUCUGGGAGAAGAACAUUUCGUCCAAGUUCAAGCAUAAGACAUGCCACUGAAUGGCCAAUUUCUGAUGUCUCUAGUGAUCUCACCAUAGAAGUAGGAGCUUCAAACUUUGCACUUCAUAAGUUUCCUCUUGUUUCUAGGAGUGGAAGAAUUCGGAAGUUACUCUCAGAAGCAAAAGUUUUGCGCGUAAGUCUCCAAAAUGUGCCAGGUGGUGCAGAGGCGUUUGAGCUAGCUGCCAAAUUCUGCUAUGGAAUCAACAUUGACUUCACCCUCUCAAAUGUUGCUAUGCUACGUUGCACAUCCCAUUAUCUUGAAAUGACAGAAGAAUUUGCAGAAAAAAACUUGGAAACCAGAGUUGAAGCAUAUCUAAAGGAGACAGUGCUCCCAAACACAUCAAGCACAAUUUCUGUUCUUCAUAGUUGUGAGACUCUUCUUCCCAUAUCAGAAGAAAUCAACCUUGUCAACAGGCUAAUCAAUGCGAUUGCAAAUAACGCUUGCAAAGAGCAACUUACUUCUGGCUUGCAAAAACUUGACCACACUUUCCCUUCUAAAACCACAUCAACCAUGGAACCAGAAACACCCUCUUGGGGAAAGUCUUUCAAUGUUCUCAACCUUGAUUUCUUCCAAAGAGUUGUAUCUGUUAUGAAGUCAAAAGGGUUGAAACAAGACAUGAUCAGCAAAAUUUUGAUAAACUAUGCUCAAAAUUCUCUUCAAGGGAUUUGUGUUAGGGACCCCAAUGUGGUAAAAGGAAGUGCACUUGACAUGGAGUUGCAGAAGAAACAAAGGGUCAGUGUUGAAGCUAUAGUUGGUUUACUCCCAACUCAAUCAAGGAAGAGUUCAGUUCCAAUGGCAUUUCUCUCUUGUCUAUUAAAAGCUGCAAUAGCAACAUCAGCAUCAACUCCUUGUAGAUGUGAUUUAGAGAGGCGAAUCGGUCUGCAACUUGACCAGGCAAUACUUGAAGACAUUCUAAUUCCAACAAAUUCACCUCAAAAUUCCCACAGCACAAUGUAUGAUACAGAUUCCAUUUUGAGGAUCUUUUCUACUUUUCUAAACUUGGAUGAUGAUGAUGAUGAGGACAAUGAUGAUGAAGAUAGUCACUUCAGAGAUGAAAGCCAAAUGAUGUAUGAGUAUGGCUUUGAGAGUCCUGGAUCUCCAAAACAAAGCUCAAUUCUCAAGGUGUCAAAGUUAUUGGACAACUAUCUUGCUGAAGUAGCACUGGACUUGAACUUGUUACCAUCAAAAUUCAUAGCCCUUGUGGAGCUACUUCCAGAUCAUGCACGUGUUGUCAGUGAUGGACUCUAUAGAGCUGUUGAUAUCUUUCUUAAGGUUCAUCCAAACAUGAAGGACUCAGAUAGGUAUCGCCUAUGCAAAACCAUAGAUUGUCAGAAACUGUCUCAAGAAGCAUGCAAUCAUGCAGCACAAAAUGAAAGGCUACCAAUGCAGAUUCUGGUUCAAGUUCUUUACUUUGAGCAAAUCAGGCUCCGCAAUGCCAUGAAUGGAGAAGGAGGACACAGUAAUCAGAUCUUCUUUGGUGGUGGGUUUCAGGGUAAUCAACAAUUCCCUCAACGUUCAGGAAGUGGUGUAGGAAGUGGAGCCAUUUCGCCAAGAGAUAAUUAUGCCUCGGUGAGAAGAGAGAACAGAGAGCUGAAGCUUGAGGUUUCAAGAAUGAGAAUGAGGCUCACUGACUUGGAGAAAGACCAUGUUUCCAUAAAGCAGGAGUUUGUGAAGCCCCACACUGCUAACAGGCUCUUCAAAGCGUUCACCAGAAAGCUAAGCAAGCUCAAUAAUGCUCUGUUCCGGAGAAAGAGUGUUGGUAAUGGUGGCAGAGAAAGAGAACAUAAUAGUCCACAGCAAACUCGGUUCCCUUUUCCAAAGCGAAGGUGCCACUCAGUUUCAUAAAUGGCCAACCUGGUGUUAUAAAGCUCACACUAUGUUCGAACACAUGAUAGCAACCUUACCAAUGCGACGAGCCUAGUUUUAUAAAUGUGUAAAAUAUAUGACACAAUGUAUAUUAUUCAGCAUGCAUAAACAUGAUAAUGCAUGGCGUGAAUAUGUCUAUAUUUUCCACUCCACGGUUUUUAGAGUGCUGAUAUGAUAUCAAUGCCCUAUUGAACUGUUCAAAAGAUUGAAAUGUUCUAUUUAAUUUUUUGCA